GGGGUGUCGAUUAUAGGCGAAACAACGGUACUGUUUCCGAAUGCAAACAGUUCGCGUCCGCCAUUUUGGUAUUUAGAAGUGGGGAUGUGUGUGCAGCUUAACAAUCUUUCGAGAAAAUUACGAAAGUGGGUCCUUAAUUCGACAAUUAAUUGAUAAUUGUGUUUCAAACAAAAACUUUAACCCUUCCCGUGUGUACUGUUGUAGGUUAGUGUGAGUGUUUGUGUGUUUAAUAGGAGGUACAGCCUGUGAAUCUUGCAAUAUCAACAGCGUGGCUACGGCUUGUCUUUGUUUCUAUCACGCUCAUUUUGCUGUAAGAGAAGUGGUCUUGAUGAUUUUCAAUGCGUCGGUGCAACAUGAGAGACAUGGAUUGUUAUUUUUGACCUAAACGACUUUUUGACCUAAACGACCUAGGACCACGGAUAGGAGAUCGCAGGGAGGAAGACUUCUGCUGCUACUGCUACUGCUGCUUCUUCGACAGGGAGGUGGAAGGAGGAAGGAAGAAGUGGUGCGUGCGGUGGUUAGUUGGUGUUGGUGUGUGUGCGUGCCGUGCAAAGAAAGAAAAGAAAGUUGACCAUUAAAUAAUUGUGAUAAGAGGAAGAAGAGAGGUAUACAAGAAUAGUGCGUGCUCUACACGCGUGUAUGUUUUUCGUCAUUCGUUUGCCCUCGGUCAUCGUCCAUUUCUUACGCGGUCGUGCAGCUGCCAAUGGACAAACGUAAAAUGAUGGCGAAAAGGCCUCGUAUAGAUAACGUUCGCGGUGGUCCCAUAACAAAUGGGCCGAUGCAGACGCGACCGCUGGUAGCCCUACUGGACGGCCGCGACUGCUCCAUCGAGAUGCCGAUACUGAAGGACGUCGCGACGGUCGCGUUCUGCGACGCCCAAAGUACCAGCGAGAUCCACGAGAAAGUGCUGAACGAGGCCGUGGGUGCGCUCAUGUGGCACACGAUCAUCCUGACGAAGGAGGAUCUCGAAAAGUUCAAGACGUUACGUAUCAUAGUACGCAUCGGAUCGGGCGUCGAUAAUAUCGAUGUGAAAGCGGCGGGCGAGCUGGGCAUCGCGGUGUGCAACGUGCCCGGCUACGGGGUCGAGGAGGUCGCCGAUACCACGCUCUGUCUCAUACUCAACCUAUACAGGCGCACGUAUUGGCUCGCGAACAUGGUGCGCGAGGGCAAAAAGUUCACGGGACCUGAACAAGUGCGCGAGGCGGCGCAGGGGUGCGCACGCAUCCGUGGCGACACGCUCGGCAUUGUCGGCUUGGGUCGUAUAGGGUCGGCUGUCGCGUUGCGCGCGAAAGCGUUCGGAUUUAACGUCAUUUUCUACGACCCGUACCUCCCCGACGGGAUCGAAAAGAGCUUGGGACUGACCAGGGUUUACACACUACAAGAUUUGCUUUUCCAGUCUGAUUGCGUCUCGUUACAUUGCACCCUUAACGAGCACAACCAUCACCUGAUCAACGAGUACACUAUCAAACAGAUGCGACCGGGGGCAUUUCUGGUAAACACGGCCCGAGGUGGUCUCGUGGACGACGAGGCUUUGGCCACGGCUCUGAAACAGGGUAGGAUAAGGGCGGCGGCGCUCGACGUACACGAAAACGAGCCCUACAACGCGUUCACGGGUCCCCUGAAAGAUGCGCCCAAUUUACUAGUGACACCUCACGCCGCCUUCUACAGCGACGCAUCUGCAACCGAGCUACGGGAGAUGGCAGCAUCGGAAAUUAGACGCGCCAUCAUGGGUCGAAUUCCCGAGUGCCUACGCAAUUGCGUCAACAAAGAGUAUUUCAUGGGCUCAGGAGCUCCCUACCCAGAAGGUACAGUUUCACCAGCAGGCGUGAAUGGCGGGUAUUACCAAGGUGGUGCACUUCCUGUUCAGCAGGCACACUCUACAACACCCCACGAGGUACCACACACCGUAGCACCAAGCGCUGCGCCCCCCACGCCUCAACCACAACCACCUGCAGGACCUGUUAUUCCACCACACCUACCAAUAAGUACACCGGAUCCGACUAAUCACCAUGCACCAAAGCCAGAACCAUCGGAGGUGCACUAACGACAAAACGUUUAACAAAAACAAAAAAAUAUAUUUACAAAAAAGCUACUGCUGCUAUUGUUGGACUCUCUUCUUCUUCAACGAGAUAAUAAAAUAACAAGAGCAAAUAUGAAAUAUAUAAAUAUUAUUAACACAAAAAUAAAACAGUAUAGUAAGGAUUGAACGAACAUCAGCAACAAACAAACAAACAAACUAAACUAAAAAGUGUAACACAAGGAGUAUGCUCAUUUUCCAAUUAUUAUAAUAAUAAUUAAUUUUCGUCAUGGGAGAAACGUUAUUAAAAUACAUAUCGCCAUUUAGUGAGUGGAUGACUCAAUUGGUUACGAUUGGAAAAUAAAAUAAAUUUAACAUCACACAUCCAAGUAACAUAAAUACACAUUAUACACAGGAAAAAAAAUGUCCUCGUCCCUCUUCUAAUUAUCGUUUUAUACCUGUAUAUUCUUUUCUUUAACGUCUACCAUUUUUAACUUCCUUUUCAUUUUCAUUCGUGUUUGGUCACCUUCAUUUUGAAAUCAUCAUUUUUCCGUUGUGCCAGAUUUUAUCACACUCAUAAUAAGAAAUAAAUAAAUAAAUAAUAGUUGCAUAUACAUACAUAUAUAUGUAUAGUCCUUAUUUUUCUAUAUAUAUAUAUUCGCUAAUGACGACGGCAGACUUGUAAAUAUUUAAAUAACGAACACUUUUACUUUUCGAUUAUUAUCCGAUCUCCCUUACCCCCCCCCCGCCCUUCGCCCCCACCCUAAUGCCCUUUUUCAUCAAUACACACACCCACAUUGAAAACACACCAUCGAUCAUUGAACGUGUAACAAACAAACAAACAAACAAAUAUAGCUAAUUGCAAUUAAUCAGUUGAUGAUGAUGUUGAGAGCCUUGUUACGAGGAGAGGAGGGAUUUCAGAAUGAAACGUGUGCAUCGUGUACAAAAUACAUUAAUAUACAUACAUAUACAUUUAUUUUGCGUAUCGGAAACAGUAGACCACGGACAGGAAUGACGGGCUUUAGGACAAUUGGGAGCUCCCCCGUAUGCACGGUUGCUGUUGUUCCGGCGUCGUGGAGAUCCAGCAACUAAAUAAAAACGAACGUCGUGGUGUCUGUUGUUUCAGAAUAACGCGAACUGUUACUAAUUGGAUAUUUUUCAUUACCUAUUAAUUAGUUAUGAUUAUUUUACAAGAAAAAGGAACAAACAAAUAGAGACAUGUUUUUUGUGUAUGUAGACAGUUAUUACAUGCAUACUUCUAGGUCAGCUGUUUGUAAAUUUGUUUAUGGAUGAAUUUAGUUUCUCUUUUGUUUUUUUAGCUUGUAUUAGAGUCGAGAGGGGAGCGUGGUGAGUGUCCGGGGUGCCGAAAAACGGCACCGUGUGCCCUCUCCAUCCUCCCGGACCGAUUUAUUAUCUACUUAGGAUUCUUUUAUAAAUAUAAUAAGUGCAUUAUUUUAAGGAGAGAAAGUUGCGGUAUUUUUUACAUAAACGUUGUCCUCGAUAACUGUGAAUAUAAAUUUUAUAAAAAAAAUUAUGUAUGAUUAAAUUCUGAAGACGUUAGAAGAUGAGAGAUGAUGAUGAUGAUGAUGUAAUUAUAGUAUAAUAGAAAUAUGAUGAUGAUGAUGUUAUGAAUGGUUUAUAUAGAAAAUGCUGCCGAUGUGCUAUGAGAACGAGUGAUGGACGGAACUUUGCCAAUCAGUGGAUAAUUUUCUAUCCUGGGAGGACUACAACUCUCCUGCCAACUGACUACCCUUCUUCGUCAACGAGAAAGAUAGAGAGACCAGUGCUUAUUGCGGAAAAUAACGAAACAGAAAGACAUAUAGGGAGUACUAUGUACCUAUUUUGGGAUUGGAGCGAGUGAAGUCAGUGAAAGUGCGUGAUUAGUUUCUUUGGUUUCAUCUAACGUAGAAUUUUUAGUAAAUUAGUGAUACUUGUGACUAAUUUUAACGACAGUGAAAAUGCGGAAAGCACCGUGCAAUGCAUAUUUCUGUUCUCUGGGAAAUUUUUCAAUUGAUCUACUACCUCUGGCAUUUAAUUUUUCCAAAAGCGGGUCUCUGUUAGUUCCCAGUCUCCCUAUUUCAAAACAAUAAUUUCUGAUAGACACAAAAAAAAGUGUAUAAUGUAUAUAAAGUUGCUUUCUUUUCAAUUAAAUACUUUUUGCAUCUUCGAUUUUUAUAACUGCGUUUAUUUAAUUAGAGGCUUUGGUAUCAAACUGGUUUCUUGAUUUAGUCUAGUAUUGUAAUUAUUUGUUUUGAAAGAGUAUUAACUGGUGAACUUUUGGGACUUUUUUUUAAAAAACAAAAACGCGCAUUUUACAAAAAGUACAAAUUAUAUAAAGCGCGCGAAAUUUUCCAGGGUUUUUGAUUUGCUUUCAUUUAUUUCCGAUCAGCCACUCUAAACCGUUCACCACCAAAAUUUGGUAAGACAUGAAUAUGCAUUGCGUUAAUUUCAAGCAGCAUAGAUGAUCAGCAUGAGACAAAAAAAUUGUAGGGCAAUGGACUUCCACAAAAGUUUUGAAAUAAAUAUCUUAAAAUAUG